GGAGGGCCAGCACCGAGAGCACUGGUGGAAGCCGGGAAGCUUUCAUCCCGGCACGAUCCGGGAGAUGUACUGGGAGCGGUCCAAGAGGCGCUACCGGGAGAGGGCGCUGAAGCUGAACAUCAAGAACCCCAGCAAGUGGAAGUACCGGCAGGAUAAGAAGCCUCACGGGCUGACGCCCCCGAGACCUGAGGAACCCAAGGAGAUCGACGCUUACAAACAGGACCUCUUGAUCCCGCCACAGCGGCCCACCGUCAGAUUCAGCCUCCAGGCCAAAUUUCGCAAGUCGUCUCAGUGGUCGAGCGUCUCCCCCUCGGCCAGCGUCAUUAACGAGCUGGCAAAGAUGGGCGACCCAGACGUCCUGGAGAUGGUGCAUCAAGACAGACAAUUCAGUAGAGAAGACCGUUAUUCCAAAGCAAAUGAGGACCUGAGAAGCAGCGAGUCCAGUUUUCUCAUCUGUCAAGAACCACGGUCUGCCAAGCGAUACAAUUUGUUCCUGAGGCGGCGUCUUCUGUUUAAAAAAGAUGAACAAAGCAAAGAUUCUAUCUUCUUCAGAGACGGGAUUAGGAAAAUUGAUUUUGUGCUUUCCUAUGUUGAUGACAUAAAGAAAGAAGCAGAAUUGAAGGCGGAGAGAAGAAGACAAUUUGAACAAAACCUCAGAAAAACUGGUCUUGAGUUGGAAAUUGAAGAUAAAAUGAACUCCGAAGAUGGAAGGACUUACUUUGUCAAGAUCCAUGCCCCUUGGGAGGUGUUAGUUACUUAUGCCGAAGUGUUGGGAAUCAAAAUGCCUGUUAAGGAGAGUGAUAUUCCCUCAGCUGACAGAACCCCUUUUAGUUGUAUGCUUGAGCCUCUGAAGCUCCCAAGGGGCGUGAAGCAUCCUACUCCGGAUUAUUUCACUGUUCAGUUCAGCAGACAUCGGCAAGAGCUCUUCCUCAUUAAAGAUGAGUCAAGCUUCUUUCCAUCCUCAUCAAGAAACAGAAUUGUUUAUUAUAUUCUCUCACGGUGUCCUUUUGGCAUGGAGGAUGGGAAGAAAAGGUUUGGCAUUGAAAGACUGCUAAACUCUAACACUUACUCAUCUGCCUUUCCACUCCAUGAUGGUCAAUAUUGGAAGGCAUCAGAACCUCCUAAUCCUGUCAAUCAAAGGAACAUACUCUACCAGAACUGGGCUCGGUUUUCUUAUUUUUACAAGGAGCAGCCUUUUAAUUUGAUUAGGGAUUAUUAUGGAGAAAAAAUUGGCAUCUAUUUUGUCUUUCUCGGAUUUUACACAGAAAUGCUGUUUUUUGCAGCUGUGGUUGGCUUAGCUUGUUUUAUUUAUGGUUUAUUAACGAUUCCUAAGACCUCAAGCAGCAGCAUUCAGAUCUGUGACCCUGAGAUUGGGGGUCAGAUUAUCAUGUGCCCACUCUGUGAUGAACUGUGUGACUAUUGGAGGCUAAAUUCAACCUGUUUGGCUUCUAAGAUCUCCCAUUUAUUUGACAAUGAGUCAACAGUGUUCUUUGCCAUUUUCAUGGGAAUUUGGGUCACAUUGUUUUUGGAGUUUUGGAAGCGACGACAAGCCAGACUGGAAUAUGAGUGGGACCUGGUAGACUUUGAAGAGGAGCAGCAGCAGCUCCAGCUAAGACCUGAAUUUGAAGCUAUGUGUACAAAAAGGAAACUGAAUGCAGUGACUCAGGAGAUGGAACCUUACUUGCCUCUAUAUAGCCGUCUUCCAUGGUACAUUUUAUCAGGAGUCACAGUGACAUUAUGGAUGGCUCUGGUUGUCGCGUGUAUGGUAGCUGUGAUUGUAUACCGCCUGUCAGUCUUUGCUACGUUUGCUAGCUUCAUGGAAAGUGAAGCAUCCUUAAAGCAUGUCAAAAGUUUCCUCACUCCCCAGAUAACCACAUCUCUCUCUGGAUCGUGCUUGAACUUUAUUGUCAUCUUGAUCUUGAAUUUCUUUUAUGAAAAGAUAUCUGCCUGGAUUACAAAAAUGGAAAUUCCUCGGACUCACCAGGAGUAUGAGAGCAGUCUUACCUUGAAAAUGUUCCUGUUUCAGUUUGUAAAUUACUAUUCAUCCUGCUUCUACGUAGCUUUCUUUAAAGGAAAGUUUGUGGGAUAUCCCGGAAAAUACACGUAUUUGUUUGGUGUGUGGAGAAGUGAAGAGUGUGAUCCUGCAGGCUGUCUAGUAGAACUGACAACCCAGUUGACCAUCAUAAUGACUGGGAAACAGAUCUUCGGGAACAUUAAAGAGGCCAUUUAUCCCUUGGUUCUGAAUUGGUGGAGACGCCGAAAAGCCCGAACCAACUCUGAAAAGCUAUACAGUCGAUGGGAGCAGGAUCAUGACCUUGAAACUUUUGGUUCUCUUGAGUUAUUCUAUGAGUAUUUGGAAACAGUUAUCCAGUUUGGAUUUGUUACAUUAUUUGUGGCCUCUUUUCCUUUGGCCCCUCUUCUUGCGCUCUUGAAUAACAUAAUAGAGAUUCGAGUGGAUGCCUGGAAGCUUACAACUCAGUACAGGAGACCUGUAGCUGCUAAGGCUCAUAGCAUAGGUGUUUGGCAAGACAUUCUUUACGGAAUGGCUGUCCUUUCUGUUGCAACUAACGCUGUUAUUGUUGCAUUUACAUCGGACAUGGUUCCCCGUUUAGUUUACUACUAUGCCUACUCAGUAAAUGAAACUUGGCCUAUGAAAGGGUAUAUCAAUAACAGCCUGUCAGUAUUCCUCAUAGCCGAUUUUCCAAACCACACUGUACCUUCGGAAAAACGAGACUACAACACUUGCAGAUACAGAGAUUACAGAAAUCCUCCUGACAGUGAGGACAAGUAUGCUCAUAAUAUUCAGUACUGGCACGUCCUUGCUGCCAAGAUGACCUUCAUCAUAAUCAUGGAGCAUGUUGUGUUUUUAAUUAAAUUUUUCUUGGCCUGGAUGAUCCCUGAUGUUCCAAAAGACGUUCUGGAAAGAGUCAAGCGAGAAAAGUUAAUGACCAUCAAGAUUCUCCAUGACUUUGAACUUAACAAACUAAAAGAGAACUUGAAGUUGAAUUCUGCUUCUUCUGCUGAUUUUACCAAGCAUUUAGCUAUCCAGGAAAACAAAGCUAAUCUGGCUGAAUCAACAACCUAAUUAACACAAUGAGCAAGUAGUUGGUUGCCUAUCUGGCUUCACAGUUUAUCUGGAUUUGGAGCCAGAAGCCAGAAGCCAUGUGUCUUUUACCCUUUUCUUCUUCUUCUUCCUUUUUUUUUUUUUAACUCAGAGUUUUUGUACACUUUUAUGGAGGCCUUUGUACAGCUUCAUGGAGGUUGGAAGAACACCUGUCUGCUUCACUGGCUGGACCCUCCCUAGAUAUUGUUUCUGGGAUUCUAGAAAUGAUUGUUAAAUGUAUGUGUGAAAUCAGAAUAUUGGAAAAUCAUGGGAUGUUGCAGUUUGGAAUUAAGCACUGGACGUAGGCUCUCCCAUCACCUUCCAGUGAAGGUGCACAUUUUCAUGGUCUUCUUUUGGGUUGUGUUAUAUCUCUACCCUAUCAGAGAAAGUAUUGGCCCAAAAAGAAUAGAAGUGAAGGGGUCUACUGAGCCAUAUCUCCUGCCAUUUUAGACUAUGCAGAUGAAAAACCAAAAUCAGAUAAGAUAGGAAAACUUACAUAUUAAAAAUACUGGAUAGAUAUCAUGGCAGAGCUUUGUUCUGAAAUCACCCUGAGUAAGGUAAACUUCCAUCAAAAUUCCAGAUAGUCCUUCCAGGUGAACACAAAAUUGAUUUUUCAAGAGACUGAACAUUUGGAUUUCAGCCAAGGACUAAUAACUCAGUUUUUUAAAUAUAACACUUUGGUAGAAGUGGUUUUAAGACUGAAUUGUCUUAUCUGGGAAACAGCAUGAAGAAGGUGUUAGAUUGUUUCAGAUCUUUAAGUAAAUGAAAGAUACAGUGAAGUGAUUAUGUCUUCUUAGUAGUUUAAGAAUGCAAGACAGUGUAUAUUGAUUAACUUACUGACUUCAGUCUAAAAAAUUGCUGAAAUAUUUUUAAAAACCGUUUUUCUUCCACAGUGCCUAUUGUACAUCAUGAAGCAAAUCUGAGCAUUAACUAUUCCUGUAAGUUAGGUACAAGUCAUUUAUGAAAUUUUAUCUCAUUGUUUAAAGCAGUCUCAAGUCUUUUAAUGGGUUUACAACUUUUUCUAUUGAUGCAUUGCUGUACAAUGUUCAGUGCCUUUGACCCACAAAAUGUGGUUGUACUGUUGAUUUGAUGAUGUAACAUCUCAGAUGUGAGCUUCUUUCAGAGAAAUUGUUAGUUUAACAUCAAUCACAGAGUUAACACCAAAUGUGGAUCAACCAAGUAAGAAUGCGGUGAUGGAUUUGACAGCUAAGUGAAAAAAAAUGUAUGUUCGUUGAAUUACUUCUCUAAUGCUUUGGCCUAUGGCACAGGUACUCCAGUUCUUGUUCUUCUUUCUCUUAAAAAUACUUACUAUGUAUUUUAAACACUAUAGAGAGAUGUUUAAUUAUACAACAUUUGAAUCUCUAGUUUCAAAUUACACUUCAGUUUCAAAAGAAUAGUGUUCUGUAAUUGCACACAAAACAAGAAACCAUUUAAGAUUUUGUUCAAAGUAGCAUUUCAUUAUUUGAUUCUAAUAGUUUUUAUAAAAUUUCCAAUAUUAAGUAUAUGGAAGGUAAUAUUGACUAAUGAUCAGUAUUAAGCAUUCAGAACUGAAGAUUAUGAAUUUUAUAAAACCAUGAGAUGGUUACCCCAAUAUGGGCAGUAAUUGGUCAUCCAGUAGGUAGAUUUUAUGAGUAUUUUUGCAUAAUUUUAAAUGUUCUCAUUAUUGAAGAAUGAUUUCACUUGUGGAAGACAUGUAUUUUCCUGCUUGAGAGAACCAGUUAGUGAUACUAUGAAAUUAGCCACAGAUGCAGUAUCUCUGUCAAAUCAAACUCUGUUAUUGCAGUGUUGAACAUUUUGUACAGCUCAUAUUUCUUCCUUCCUGGGUGCUAAUAAAAAUAAGGAAGAGCAUGGAAAUUGGCUUCUUGUAUAUAAGCUUUAAUUAUUAUGGCUGAAGAGUGUUUGCAGAGCUAGGUUGUAAGAUAAAUAAAGACAAAUUUAAUUCACAAGGUUA